AUGAAAGGCUUGUCCAGCAGUCGGAGUCACCAUCACGUGGUCUCCUAUGAACCAUCAUAUGAUCCACUGGGUCACCAUGUUGACCGCAAGCCAUAUUUGAUCAGUCAGAUGGACAUGCCUGUGCCCAUCCCCAUGCCGCAUCCAGCUGAGCUGCCCUACUACAAUGCUCAGCGUACCUCGUACCCCUCUGACAGCAACAGCAUCGUCCCAUAUGGAACCUUCCCAAGGAGGUGCCACUCCACCUCCUCAACUCACCAUCCUGAGGUAAAGGAUGAGUGUAUGGCCAUGGUACCAUAUGUAGGAGGAGGAGGGGGAGGAGGAGGAGGAGUAGCUGGAGGAGGCUAUGGAGGUAAAACGCCCACCCGGGUACCAGCAAACUUUGCGGACCCGUUUGAGCGUCAGCCGUCAUUUUCCAGAGAUGGCUACCAUACACUGCAGUACAAACGAGGAGUGCUGGCCCACAGUGGGGGGAUGGGGGCCAACAACAACAACAAUGACAGUCCAGGGAGAAUUCGCCACCUGGUCCACUCAGUCCAGAAACUCUUCACCAAGUCACAUUCAUUGGAGGGCCCACACCACACACAGUCCUCCAAGGGGGCCAAUAAUGGGAGUGUUAAUGGUGGUGGUGGUGGCGGAGGAGGUGGUGGUGGUGGUUCAAGGGCCAGCCCAGAGGGUGAAACUCCACCAGUGGGAGUGCGCCACCGGAAGCGCAGCAAGAGCCGUGAGCGCUGUCGAUCAGCGGAGCCCAAGCAUCGAAGCCACCACCACCACCACCACCAGCUCCACGGCUCAGCAUCUGCUCCGGGCUCCGGAUAUUGGAGCUCAGAUGACAACCUGGAACGGGAGCUGUGUCUCUACCACCCUCAUCACCACCAACCUCCACCCUCACCCUCACCCUCCAUUUCCCCCUCGCCCAUCGCCAUGACAAUGGGCCGUUACCCCGGCAACAACCCAGACAAGUUCCCCCAAUCUCCCCUGCCCCCUCUCUCCUCCUCGCAGUCCCAGCAGUACUUUAUGAUGGACCCUUACGGCACACUCAACGAGCACACACACACCCACGCACACCAUGGCCACGCACACCACCACUCUGCACUCAAAGCCUCCAGGAGCAACAACGAUGUGAAGUAUGCAGCAUCGUCGGCAUGUGUGCCAGUUAGUGGUAGCAGCAAUAACAGCGGUGGCGGUAUCGGUGGAGGAAGUGGCCCCUUGCUGCCACUGGGUCUUGUGGACGGGCCCCUUGUGAAGAAAGGGGCAUGGUCGUCGAGCCUAACGGUGAGCAGGGCCCGAGAGGUCUACACCAACAACAGCAGCCACAACCAGCUACGAGCCAGCGCAGGAUCCGGUAACCUAAACCUAGAUAGAGCUCUAGUCAAAUCUAAGGGCAGUCAGCAGCAGGAGCGCUCUUGCCAUUUCUUACAGGUACCUCAGGAUGAGUGGAGCGGCUUCUCUCCUCUGGGGAAGGAAGACGACAUCCCCUGUCGGAGGAUGAGGAGCGGCAGCUACGUCAAAGCCAUGGCUGAGGACGACAGUGGAGACUCUGACGGGAGUCCCAAACCCUCUCCCAAGAUCCAGGCACGCCGGGCCAGCUACCUGAAAGCCACACAGCCAUCGCUGACUGAGAUGACCACUCUACAGAUUUCAACGGAGCACUCUCCCAAACUGCAGAUCAGGAGCCACAGUUACCUGCGUGCGGUGAGUGAGGUUUCAAUCAAUAGAAGCCUGGAUACCCUGGACCCCAAAACCCUCCUCGACCCCAAAUCGCUGCUGUCCUCACCCCAAUACCGCUCACGCAAUGAAAGCUACAUGAGGGCCAUGAGCACCAUCAGUCAGUUGAGCGAGGUGGAGGUGAACGGGCAGAUUGAGCAGGUGUGUGAGCAGGUCUACAGCGAGAUGCAGUCCCAGGCCAUGGACGCUGCCAUGGACAGCAUGGACACCAUGGACACCCUGCCAAUGCCGGGAUGCUUCCGGAUGCGGAGUCACAGCUAUGUGAGGGCGAUCGACCAGGGCUGCGCUGGGGAGGAGGAAGGAGAAGGAGGGAGACCACUGCUCCUGCUGCCGUCUUCCCCACCACGCACGUCUGCUACCACCGUCAGGACCAUCCAGAGCAGUACAGUUUCAUCUUGCAUCACCACUUAUAAGAAAACCCCUCCACCAGUGCCACCCCGAACCUCCACCUGCUCCACAGCCUCGAAGCCCUACAUCUCCAUCACAGCCCAGAGCAGCACAGAGUCGGCACAGGAUGCAUACAUGGAAGAGGAGGGACCCAGAGGUGACAUGACCAUCCAAUCAGGGCUCAGUAACUCAACAGAAAGCAUUGACAGCAUGAAGGCCUUGACAGCUGCCAUAGAAGCUGCUAAUGCACAGGUCCAUGGACCAGCCAGUCAGCAUGUCAGUAACAGCACCAUGACAGUCAGCACCCCCACCCCCUCAGUCCUGAGCAGGGGGAUAGUUGUUGAAGACCACCGGGAGGAAUACAGGAAAGAAGCACUCAGGAAGGGCAAAUGUCUCUCCAUAGGCAUCCAGGUGGACGGACCAGAGGAGGUUCCGGAUCCAGAGGACCCGUCCAAAUUCACCUCUGUAGGGGUGCAAGUGGAGGAUGACAGAGGGUAUCGUCGGUUCCAGCGCUCCAACAGUGUGACAGCAGCUGUACAGGCAGAUCUGGACAUGCCCGACUUGCUGGACACCCCUCUGGACUCCCCAGACACUGACUUGGAAGUCCUGUCAUCUGGUGCCAUCUCUCGACAAUACUCCCGAGAUGCCGCCACCUCCACCGUCAGCAUCCAGGGCUCAGGGAAUCACUAUCACGCCUGUGCCUCUGAUGACUAUGAGGAUGUGGGCUUCGACCCGUCCAUCCUUCCCCCUCCAGACCCUUGGAUAGACAGUGUAACAGACGACCCGCUAGAUGUGGUGCAGCGUUCAGUGUGUCAGAGAGACGGACGCUGGUUUCUGAAGCUGCUGCAGGCCGAGACCGACCGCAUGGAGGGCUGGUGUCGACAGAUGGAGCUCGACCAGCGAGAGAAUGACCUGCCUGAAGAUAUCCUUGGGAAGAUGAGGAGUGCGGUGGGAAGUGCUCAGCUUCUGAUGUCCCAGAAGUUUCAACAGUUCAGGGAGCUGUGUGAAGAGAACCUGAACCCCAACGCCCACCCUCGUCCCGUGGCCUCAGACUUGGCUGGUUUUUGGGACAUGCUUCAGCUGUCAAUUGAGAACAUAAGCUUGAAGUUUGAUGAGCUUCACCAGCUCAGAGCCAACAACUGGAGACCCCUGGAUCCCCCGGAGAGAAAGGAGAGGCGGCUCCCACCUCCAGUGCCCAAAAAGCCGCCCAAGGGCCCCCACCACCACCCCCCUCUGGCCAGAGACCGCUCACUGGAGAGCUCCGAGAAACAGCGGCAGGAGGCCAGGAAGCGCCUGAUGGCCGCCAAGCGAGCCGCGUCUGUACGCCAAAACUCAGCAACGGAGAGCGCUGACAGCAUCGAGAUCUACAUCCCUGAGGCUCAGACAAGGCUAUGA